UUGCAUACUCGGCGAUGUCUCAGUAAUACCUACCUUUACUGAGUAGGUAAAAAAAUGUUCUUCCAAAGUUAUAUCGAUUCAUUCAAAGGAACAGGUCCCCAACUGAUAUGUAUGCUUUUUGGUACACUCAAUGCUCUCUCUGAUGGCAUGCAUUUUGGAUGGUCAGCACCUACAAUUCCAAUGUUAUUGGAGGAAGAUAGUCCAAUUAAAAUCACACACAACGAUGUGGUCUGGCUGGAAGCAUUGUACAUGAUUUUUGGACUAGUAGCACUUCCAGUAACGGUGUAUCUUGCAGAUAAGAUAGGCAGGCAAAAAUCCGUACUUGUAGCUUCUACCACAAGUCUGAUAGGAUGGACACUGAUAGCUACGGCAACCAGGGUGGAAUACCUCUACGUAGCGAGAAGCUUAGUGGGAGCAGCCGCUGAUGUUGCUUUCGUAUGUUCACCCAUGUAUGUUGCAGAAAUAGCUCACAAGAAGAUCAGAGGGUUUUUGGCUGGAACCAUAUACGUCAUGGAAAUUGGAGGAGUUCUUCUAGUGUAUAGUAUCGCACCUUUCGUAUCCAUUCGAAUUCCACCGAUAGUCGGAGCGUGUAUCGUCACAACACAGCUGAUAGUUUUUCCAUUUUUGCCAGAAUCGCCGUACUAUCACAUUUACAAGGGAAACGAGGAAGCAGCAAGAAAAUCUUUGAAAUUUCUCCGCGGAACUGACGAUAUAGAGGUUGAAUUCAAAUCGAUAACUGCUGCGAUAGAACGACAAAAGACUGAGAAAGGAAGACUGCAAGAUUUAAUUUUGGUGAAAAGUAAUAGGAGAGCGACCUGGGUUAUGACCAUACUAAACGCUGGGCAGCAUAUGAUUGGAUUUACAGCUAUACUGAUGAAUUUACACACGAUUCUCAACUCUGCUGAUGUCUCGCUGAUAUCUUCAGAUUAUGUUGCAAUUCUCUAUUCCGGAGUUAUGUUCAUUGCGUCAAUAUUCUCGACUUUAACUGUUGAUAAAUUUGGACGAAAAGUUUUGGUCAAUGUGUCAUGCGUUUUCUCUGGAUUGUGUCUGUUAGCUAUUGCUGUAUUCUUCCAUUUGAAAGCAUCUGGGGUAGAUGUGGCUGCAGUGAGCUGGAUACCAAUAGUAUUCAUCAUGUUAUACGCAGCUUUUUUCAAAUUUGGAAUCGGUAUAGUACCAAUAGUUAUGACAGCUGAGAUAUUCUCUGCAAAAGUCAAAGCUUUAGGUAUGACUGUGGCUGAUGGAAUGUAUGUCCUUUUUUCCACGAUAUCAAUAUAUGCAUAUCAGUGGCUAAAUGACAAUUACGGAAUGCAUUUCGCAUUUUACAUGUUCGCUUCAUUUUCCAUUCUAACGUUUUUGUUGAACAUAGUAUUUAUUCCCGAGACCAAAGGAAAGACCCUGGAAGAAAUCCAAAUGAUGCUGAAAAAAUAAUGAAAUCCAUGAGAAAUCAACGAGACCUCAACCCAAGAAAAUUCUCGAGUACCUGAAUCGUCGAAACUAUUUAACAUAAAUUAGAAAAAUUGUUGAGAUAAAAUAAAAUGAAUACUGAAACUCGUA